AUGGGAUUACUCGACCUGGUCCAAAAGACCUGGAAAACAUUACGCACGGCAAUAAAAACCCUACUCGACCUCAACCGCACCUUCGAAGCCCUCGUCUCUCGCAUCCACCAGGGUGCUUGUCUUCCAUGCCCCGAACCAACCACAUCAUACUGGCUCGAAAACCCACCAUUUCCAAACCUAGUCGAUAUCCAAUCAGCUCAACUCCCUACUAAAACGCAUAACGUAAUCAUCGGUAGUGGCAUAACCGGUGUAGCGAUAGCACGCACCCUCCUCCAACAAACCAAUCGCAAAAACCAUUACAUCAAAAUCACCGUCCUAGAAGCUAGAGACAUUUGUAGUGGGGCUACGGGACGUAAUGGCGGACAUGUGAAAGUGGCACCUUAUGAAGCUUUUGAUGCUCUGGAGCGGAAGUUUGGGAGAGAGAGAGCUGUUGCGUUGACGAGAUUUCAACUUAGGCAUUUAGAGGUUUUAAGGGAGGUUUGCGAGAGUGAAGGGGUUGAGGGGGCGGAAUGUAGGGGUGUGGAGACCGUGGAUUUGUUUCUUGACGAUAAGGUAUUUGAGGGUGCGUGUAGGGUGGUUGAGAGGAUGAAGACGCUGCUGCCUGAGUGUGAAGUCAAGGUCUUCCAGGCGGCGGAGGCUCGUGAGCAAUUUUCUACCAACAAUACUGUUGUAGGUGCGCUUUCCUAUGAAGCAGGAGCUAUGUGGCCCUAUCGCUUCGUCACUUCUAUCUGGAACACGCUCCUACAGGAAUAUCCGAACCAACUCACCAUCGAAACAAACACCCCCGUCAUCUCCAUCGAGAGAGACCCUGCUGGCAACGCUUACACCGUCUACACCAACCGCGGCAUCAUCCACUGCAACCACGUCGUCCACGCCACAAACGCCUGGCUGAGCCAUCUCCUCCCCUCAUUCAUGACAAAAGCCACAGGCGUACGAGCACACAUGUCUGCUCAAAACCUCGGGUAUCACAGCUAUCAAACCUUCCACGGUAAUCGCUCAUGGUCAAUCAUCUACGGCGAAAACGAUUACGACUACAUGACGCAAAGACCUUCUGCCAAAGGAAUGGGCGAUAUAAUGCUGGGCGGAGGAACAUUUCGCUCCAAGGAUGAUGGAGUCAAUCAGAUUGGCGUGUGGGAUGAUAGUUGCAUUGAUGCUUUGACUUCAGCACAUUUGGCCGGGAUCUUGCCUGUUGUUUUCUCGCCCGACAAGGAAGCAAGAAAGCCGGAACAACAAGAGAGAUUCCUGCAACAGCAUUGGUCCGGUAUCAUCGCUCUAACAGCAGAUUCGCUUCCUUUUGUCGGAAAACUGGAUGGGCGUCUCAGUGGAAGAAAGUCGCAACGACACUCUGCAGGUUCUUCCGAGUGGAUUUCGGCAGGGUAUAAUGGUCAAGGUAUGGUUUUUGCAUGGCUGUGUGGUACUGCGCUUGCUGUCAUGAUUAUGGGUCUCGAGGAAGAGAACAUACCCGCAUCACCUGGAUAUCCUGGAGGCAUCUUGAGCGAGUGGUUUCCGAAGGAGUUGCUUCUUGAUGGCAAGCGGUUUGACAGGAUCGACAUUCUUGAUCUUGCUGAUCAGCUAUAUAAUGGCCCAGGUACCAAUCUAUUCAAGGUUCUGUAG